AUGGAAGACAUUUAUAAGCUGUUGAGGGAUGUUCAGAAGAGUCGCAAACCGGGUUGUACAACAAAGAGUGCAGCCUUUAAUGUGGGUGAUCCAACUGUUGUACAGGGUAGAGGUGCCCCCAAGAAGACCAGAACUGUCACCAAGAGAAGGCAUUGCUCAAAUUGCAGGGGUAUUGGACACACGAUUCGUACGUGCCCGGUUUUGCUUUAUCCUGAUCAAGUCAAUAACAGUGAAACAGGUGAAUCUGCAAGUGAAGGAAUUGAGGACAGCACAGACGACGAGACAAACGUUGGCAGCGUAGAUCGGCAAAAUAAUGGGGCUUCGGUGGCAAGUAAACUUAAAUCGCAGCAACGGAAGCAGGGAAAUGACUCCUCAUCCACCCAAGUAUCUAACAAGCGUUCAAAUCAGAACACGGUGUCGACAAAACAAAAUAAGCGUAAAUCUAAGCAGCGAGAAGUCCCAGUCAUGAUUCAUUCAAGCCAAGUAUCUGUGAAUGAAGUGACUCAGAGUUCACCGAAUAAUGCAGGUCGCGGUGAUGUGGAUAACAACAGAGUUACUUUGUUGCCCCAGCAUCCACAGGAAAUACCUUUGACCCAAGCAUCUGUGAAUCAGGUACAGGUUUAUAACAUGGAGCCUAUUGUACAACAAGUCCACUAUCCUGUUGUUCGUGCUUCAGCUGGACUUCCAUUUUUGCAACCUACUUAUGCCGUGAAUAUGACUGAUGGAGUAAAGGUGUUUCCACAGUUUAUACAACACCAAAACGUCCAGGUUCCUUACCAAGGAGUUCAGAUGCAAACGCUUUUUCAAGCUGGACCUUCUGGCUUACUCCCGACAUUCUCAUCGACGUUGGCGGCAGUCGAUAGGUGACACAAUAGAAAUUCAAGUUUAGGAAAUAAUUGAAAGCAUUUCAUUUUAAGUCAGUUUGAUUUUGAUAUUGGAACAAAUUAUGGUUUUGGAUUGUAACAGUUAUUAGUGUAACUUGAUGUAGCGUUAACAUUUAUUUGUGUGAAGAAAAAAAAUUA